UCGGGCCGCCUCGCGGGCACAGGUGAGCCCUGGGGACCUGCACAGCACCGCCCUCGGUCCCACGUGGCCCCCCUUCGGUGCCCUCGCCAAGCUACCAGACAAUGCCACAGAUGCCAGAGGAUUGGCCCACGUAUUCUGCAUAGAAGUUGAGGAGGUCAAGAAUGAACUUUGAUCUUUCCUGAUAAUGGUGGUGGAAUGACACCUCGGGACCUGUACCGAAUGUUCAGGUUGACUCGAGCUGCCCUUGGCCAGAAGCUCAGUGCUCCUUGGAAGGAGAAGGCAUCCCAGAAAAAUGUUCCCAACUCAGCUGCAGCCAGACCAAUAGUGGGUGGGGCGGAGGGAGCUUGGGUCAAAUUGGUUCCUUCUUUGUACUUUUGGGAAAUUCAGUGUGGCCUGUUUGCUUUAGAUCUAGGGACAGUGGGAGGAGUGUCUCAAUGGAUGCAGCUUCCUGACCAGGUUGCUCCGUCUCGGUUACCUGAGAAGUAUUUCUCUUGCCUUAAUCCCCAUCCAAGGUCCAGAAACCGGGUCUUUCUAAACCUUGUCUCUCUUUGCCAGGUACUUCCUGCUCCACCGAAGUCCAUUCCUAUGCAGGCUAGAACCGAACUGGAGGACCUCAGGGAAGUGAGGGGCGAUGGAGCUGGUGGCUCGCACGCACCUCUGCUCCUGGCGGGAGAACGCCCGGCUCCCUGUCUUCUCCCCAGGCCUCCAGAGCCCAUGUACCUCCACUUAUCCAGAGAUAAUUACUACCUAGGACCGUGUGCCCUCCCAGAUGUUUGCAGAUCAGUGAGUUGGUCUGCUAUCAUCAAUCACAAGCACAAAAUGUUCCUAGAUGAGGAGCCACUGGUAAAGCGGAGACGGUCCCAGAAGCCAGCGAUGGCCUCUGACUCUUACAAGAGGGCAGAGUUGGCUGCUCUUCGCCAAGAAAUGGAGAGUGGCAGAGGUGAAUCUGACCUUGAGAGAAGCCUUCUCCCAGAGGCAGGCCAGAGUAGCAGUGAGGUUUGGGUGGCACCUGCUGGAGAGCAAGGCCCAGGUCAAGGAUCCCUGGUGAGCGUUCAAGAGGAUGGGGUGCCUGGGAAGCGCCCUGAGGAGCUCGGAAAUCAGCGGUCAUCCUUGAUGGCUGACAUGGCCAAAGGUUGGCCACCCUCGAGCCGAAGCUCUUUGGUGGCAGAGCAGAGCAGAGCGCCACUACCGGAAGUGGCCAAAGGCCCCUUCGUGGCUGUGGUUGGGAUCACUGAAGCCGUCAUGGAUGGUGGGGCUCCCAUCCAGCUGAUUCCAUUCGGUCGAGAGGAGAGAGCUGAGCACAGACGGGGGGCAGAAGACCGCAGCCAGAUCCGUGCCAUGCCCAGCAGUGAGAAAGGGGAAGCUGGGGAUAAUGGAGCUCUGAGUCAGCCCAAGGCCAAGGACCAGAAGACUGAGAGGCGACUGGAAAGCAUCUUGUCAGAAAGGGAUCUGCUGCAGCAGAAGGUUCAAGAGCUAGAAGAGGAGAAGAGCCAUUGGCAGACCGAGUUUGAGAGAACCCAACAUGAACUGAUGACCCUCCGGGCCCGCGAGAGUGAGAGUUUGUACUGGAGCAAGAAGCACAUGGGCUACCGCCAGGCCGAGCUGCAGGUGCUCAAGUCUGAGCUGGAGAGAACCCUGGAGGAGAAGACAGAGCUCAAGGAGCGACUCAAGGCCACGGAGAUGCGUGUGGAGGUUCUGCGCCAGGCUCAGGGCUCCUACCAGAGCCUGGAGGGAGAAGAUAGGAGCACCCUGGAGAAGCUGAAAAGCCUCCGGGUGAAUGUCAGCCGCCUGCUGGCCUCCAUUCUUCCUCACCUGGAGCUGGAAGAGGUCAACUUCGAGUCUGAUCAGGUGGAUGAGAUCCUGCAAACUGUGUUAGAGACCAACCGCAUCCUGGAGUGAUUGGCGAUGGCUCCCGCGCCGUCGCUCGCCUUCCCCACGGUGGCUGCCUUCUUGCCUUAUGUGUACAGAAUCAGUAAUAAAUGAUGGCUGGCGAUCUUGCUG